UGAUACGUGGCCGCCGCCUGUCCCCGCUGAGGAGGCGCAGCAGCCGGAGAUGGCGGCGGUGCUGAAUGCAGAGCGACUCGAGGUCUCUGUCGACGGCCUGACGCUAAGCCCAGACCCAGAGGAGCGGCCUGGUGCGGAGGGUGCCCCGCUGUUGCCACCGCCGCUGCCGCCACCUUCGCCUCCGGGGUCGGGCCGGGGCCCAGGCGCCGCAGGGGAGCAGCCCGGGGAGGCGGCGGCGGGGGGCGCGGCGGAGGAGGCGCGGCGGCUGGAGCUGCACUGGGGCUUUGGCCUGGAGGAGCUGUACGGCCUGGCGCUGCGCUUCUUCAAAGAAAAAGAUGGAAAAGCAUUUCAUCCCACUUAUGAAGAAAAACUAAAACUCGUGGCACUGCAUAAGCAGGUUCUAAUGGGUCCAUAUAAUCCAGACACUUGUCCUGAGGUUGGAUUCUUUGAUGUGUUGGGGAAUGAUAGGAGGAGAGAAUGGGCGGCCCUGGGGAACAUGUCAAAAGAGGAUGCCAUGGUAGAGUUUGUCAAGCUCCUAAAUAGAUGUUGCCAUCUCUUUUCAACAUAUGUUGCAUCCCACAAAAUAGAGAAGGAAGAACAAGAAAAAAAAAGGAAGGAGGAGGAGGAGCGAAGGAGGCGUGAAGAGGAAGAAAGAGAACGUCUGCAAAAGGAGGAAGAGAAGCGUAGGAGAGAGGAGGAGGAAAGGCUUAGACGGGAGGAAGAGGAGAGAAGGCAAAUAGAAGAAGAGAGGCUUCGGUUGGAACAGCAAAAGCAGCAGAUAAUGGCAGCUUUAAACUCCCAGACUGCCGUGCAGUUCCAGCAGUAUGCAGCCCAACAGUAUCCAGGGAACUACGAACAGCAGCAAAUUCUCAUCCGCCAGUUGCAGGAGCAGCACUAUCAGCAGUAUAUGCAGCAGUUGUAUCAAGUCCAGCUUGCACAGCAACAGGCAGCAUUACAGAAACAACAGGAAGUGGCAGUAGCCGGGGCUUCUUUGCCUCCAUCCUCAAAAGUGAAUGCAGCUGUACCAGGUGAUAUGAUGUCAGUUAAUGGACAGGCCAGAACCCACACUGACAGCUCUAAGAAAGAACUAGAACCUGAAACUGCAGAAGAAGCCUUGGAGAAUGGACCAAAAGACUCUCUUCCAGUAAUAGCAGCUCCAUCCAUGUGGACACGACCCCAAAUCAGAGACUUUAAAGAGAAGAUUCGGCAGGACGCAGAUUCUGUGAUUACAGUGGGCCGAGGAGAAGUUGUCACUGUUCGAGUACCCACCCACGAGGAAGGAUCAUAUCUCUUUUGGGAGUUUGCUACAGACAAUUAUGACAUUGGGUUUGGGGUAUAUUUUGAAUGGACAGACUCUCCAAACACUGCUGUCAGUGUGCAUGUCAGUGAGUCCAGCGAUGACGACGAGGAGGAGGAAGAAAACAUCACUAGUGAAGAGAAAGCCAAAAAGAAUGCCAGCAAGCCUCUGCUGGAUGAGAUUGUGCCUGUGUACCGACGGGACUGUCAUGAAGAAGUGUAUGCUGGCAGCCACCAGUAUCCAGGGAGAGGAGUCUAUCUCCUCAAGUUUGACAACUCCUACUCUCUAUGGAGGUCAAAAUCAGUCUACUACAGAGUCUAUUAUACUAGAUAAAGAUGUUGUCACAGUCUGGCGUCUAGGGUUGGGCAGAAGAUGGCAUUUAAUUUGGAAAUUUCAUUUGACUUCUGUGGAGCAAUGGAGUCAGUGUUUACUCGAUUGAUUUUGGUCUGAAGGUUUGUGACCUGUUGGUGGGAAUCAGGAUUUCCCUGAGACCUUUUAACAUUAAUACUUUGGGGUUAAAGGGAUUCCUCAGACUCAUCCAGCCCUUGCACACUGACCAGCAGAGUCUCUGGUGGAUGCUGAAGUUACAUGAACUACGUGUUAAAUCUCUAAAGUCUCAAAAAUAAAACAUCCCAGCACUGACCCAACUUGGCUGAUGGUUAGUCCAUUGCUGCCUGUUCCAUGUGUUACAUGAGAGCCCCUACUUAUACUGCCCCCUGAUUUGAAAUCUUUAUGUUAAAUAGGCUACAUGAGAUAAACAGCUGGCUUUGAUUGAAGGUCACCAUUUUUACAACCUUAAAAACUCAAGACCUCACUGAUUAAAAUAGAAAAAGAAAUUGUCUCAAUUUGAUCUUGUUCUGAAUGACCCAGAUUGUUUGUGCUCCUGGUGCGGCUGUUUAGUUCAGAGUUAUAUUACAGAGAAUUAUUUUCUGAGAUAGUCUUAACCUAGAAUGUUCAAACCCAACUGACAAUUGAAGUAUCAAGACGCAUAGAACACAUCCAACACCCUUCUCAGCGAGCCUCUACAAAUUCUCAGUCCUUUUCCUCUUUGUCUGUUUUCCAGACUACCAAUAGCAAAGCAAAAUUAAUUAGUUUUGUCUUAAGGGUGGCUAUAUAGAUCAUCUCAAAGUGCAACUGUUUUUUGCACAACCAUACAGUUAGGGAUUUUGUAGUUACAUUGGCACCUACUGAAUUUAAAUAUUUACAAUCAUUUUAAUUUAAUUUAGUGAUGAGGAAUAACAUUACACCAAUAUGGAAAUCACUGCCAGAGACAGUCUAUUUUCUUUUUGUUACUACUUAGGCACCAAUCCUUCGUGAUUCCAGUUUGGAAUUACUUACUAGAGAGAAUUGGAAAUACACGUGCACAUGCUUAAGUUUUAUAGCUUUAAUCUAUAUUAUGUCUUUACUGAUGGAAAGAGGUACAUCUUUGUUUUCCUCACUGAAAACUAAUAUGAAUUCAUUGCCUCAAAUUUGCAUAAGUGAUUAACUAGUCUAGAGAUUGUUUUCAGAAGGGAGUGUGGUAUAGAUAGAAAAUCACAAAAGUGGCAGUAUACACUUAAUGUUGUUAUAUGUUGUUACUGGCAUACUUAGAUGUUUUUAUUUCAAAUCAUAAAUCACUUGUAGAAGGGUUUCUGUUCGCUGCGGCAUAUUCAGUUCACUACAUAACGAGCUGCUCGAGUUUCGUACGUACUGCCUUUCCUUCUGUUUUUAAUACCUGGUUUUGUACAUAUCUAACUCUUCUCUCUUGGUGGUUCAGAAAUUGGAUUGUUUUCUCCUAAGAAGUGCAUAAUUUGUGUUUUUUAAUUUUGAUUCAGAAGUAGCCCAGCUCAUAGGUGUCCAACCAUACUGUCAUGUCCAGAACGUCCAUCAGGCUGUCCAUCAGCUCUCAUGUACAUAUGGUAUAGAAACCAUGGGGGCAAGGCACUUCCUGGCAUUUUUUUUUUUUUAAAUGAGAAAAAUACUGUAUUUAAAAUGUAAAAUAAACUUUUAAAAAGCAGGCACUAAUAUAUAUUUGUUCCAGGCUUUGAUUACAGAUUUUGUCCUUAGACGUUAAGAUGAAUUAUCUUCUAAAAAUGUCGUUCUUGGGAGCAGUGUGUUACUUUACAUAGCGAUUCCUGUCACGUGUCAUGUCAGACAUUUUUGGUUUUAAACUUUUUUAUUGCCUUUGGCUGUUGAUUAGUACAGUAAAGUGCGAUUUCAAAAAGAUCUUGAAAUAAUAUAUUUAAUCAAUUAAAAUGUUUAUCUGUAA